AUGUGUGCUAGUGUCCUUCCCAUUUCUUCGCAUCCGAUAAGUGCCGAUGAUGAAGACAAUGAGGACGUUAGACUCCAGUCGGAGCUCGAUCGCCUUAUUAAAGACGAAUUUGAUGCUACGGAUUUUGACAUACGUUUCGGAGCCGACGAGUCUUUAUCUCCCCAUUCUACACAGCAGAAUGGAUCAACGAAAGAGUUCUCUUUUGAAUCCAGGGGAAGGGACCCGUCAUUUACCCAUGAUUUACUUGACGCGGGAGAAUCUGAUGUAGAGUCUGUUUAUCAUCCCGAAUCUCAAACGCCGGUUAGCCAGAUCAGGUUACCUGAAUCUUCACAAACAAGUCUGCCGAUUAUUCAGCAGAUUUCAUGCGAAUCCCAUCGAUCAGCACAACAGAACUACCAUUUUUUCUAUCAACAAUACCCUUUUACACCUCAUUCGGGUGUUCACACUGUAAUGCCUCAAGGUGUAGCUAAGCAGAACGGGGUAUCGAGCCGUCAGUUGUAUGACCCGCUCUUACAACCCCACUGCGAUGAAGUUACUGCGGUUAACACCACGAAUUCGUUGCUUAAGGACCCCGUUCCCAACCAAUUUUAUUGUAAUUCAAUAUCCCAACAGCCUGCUCUUAGUACACCCAAUCUGUGUAUUCGCACUGGCGAAGGGUUUUCUGCAACUCAAGUUGAACAACAUGCGAGAAGCUGCACACCAAUACCCUCAAACUCAUCUACACCUCAUCAAUCGAGUAAUUUUUUACUGAACGCUUUUCUGAGACCCGUACUAAGUCCACAACCCGACGAAAACGCUUCACCAGCCCGUCUAAGUCCUAUCCAAAGCUACCGCUGUGAUAUGAACAUUGGUGUUCCACCAAUCUCUACCCCAGGUGAAUUAGAAAUAAAGGCUCAGCUCGAUGAAAAAAAUCGUGAGUGUUUGAUUUUUGAGGCUCGUGGACGGCAGUUGAGGGAGGCGCAACAGCAAAUAGGUUUUCUGAAAGAAGAAAUAGCUCAGUGUGAGCGGGUGAGCCAUCGCAAAGAAAUCCUAGCAAAAGCUGAGAUCGAGAACCUGACGCGAGAAUUGGAACGAACAGAAGUUUUGAAAAACGCUGCGGAGAAAAGGAAUGCGGAAAUGACUGAAACAAAUUCAAAUCUCAUCAAUGAAAUCACGGCGAUGAAACACCUUAAGGCAGAGGUGGAAAGGAAAUUGGCGGAUUGUGAGGCCACAAAUGCCUCACUCUCCGCGCAGCUUGUGCAGCUCUCGAGCGGUGCAAGUUUGAGCCUAGCAAAGCAGCGCGAAAAUAACCUAACUGAGUGUCUUACUCGUCGCCAUGCGAUGGCCGAAGACGUUCUUCGUGAAAAUCUGGAAAUGGCUCAGCGAAAAAUUGUCGAUAAGGACAACGAGCUGGUUUCUCUUCGUAAAGACCUAGAGUCAGAACGCCUCCGCAUUCAAGAGCUAGCCACCAAAAAUGCUGAAUUUGUUGAAAGUCUCCAGGACAAACUGAAAGCCGCACAAGAUAGAUGCAGCGAAUUAUCUUCCUCAUCUCUGUGUGUUGAAAUUCAUGAAUUAAGACAGCGCAUUAAGGAGGUUCUCACUUCAAAAAAGAUUACCGAUGAUAUUAACGAAAUAUUACAGGAAGAGUUGAGGGAUGUUCGAGAACAACUGUCACUGUACGAACAAACUCUGGGUAUUGAUGCUGUCGGAGAGGUUGAAGCUGAGUUCUUGGCAGUGGAUGAUUCAGGCGCCGUUACUCCAAGACACCAGUUACCACUCUUCCAUGACACUGGGGGUGCCGUCCUCUCGACAAUCAUAACUAAGCCUUCACCAGGCAGAUGCCGACGGCGCAGUUGUCAAUCGGUCACGUUUGCUACACAUUUGGAGAAUUGCCAAGACGGCGAUGCUCUCGAUUUGGCGAGAAUGCGGCGACCCUCCUCGGCAAUCGCUGCGCCUCUCUCUUCCACCUGGAAUCAUGAGAUCGGCACUACUACGGCGGUAGCGGCGGCUGUUAGUGACGAUGAGGUGAUCUCGACUACACCUUCCCGACGGUCAGCCUUAGAUCCAACACCCGGCGUUAGUCAUCCUACCACACAUGAACAUACCAAAAAUUCCUCAUCCAAGGCCAAAGAUUCUAUUAUCUCACUGACCCUCUCUUCAUAUCGAGCAAAGCGCGCACAAAUCACCGACCUCCACGAGAAGCUUUUUGCUGCACGCCGUGAUCUGCACAAGGCUGCGGCCGAACGUGAUCGCGCUGAAGCUGCUCGGGCUGAUCUGCAGUUGCGGGUUCUUGCCUUGGAAAAGGAGUUGAACCUGCAGGAAGACGUGCGGAAACCUGGUCCACGUGAAUCUGCACUCACUGGGCAACUGGAACGCCUGCAGACAGACUAUUUUCGCCUAGAGUCGGAACUACAGAUGGCUCGCAGUCGGUUGCAGGACGCGCUUGCGGCGGAGGCACGUGCUGCAGCAGCGGAGCGGACAGCUCGAGAGCGACUAGAUGCCAGCACCGCCGAGCGCGAGGCUGCGGUGGAGCGCGCCCGCGCUGCCUGCGAGGCGCACUACACCGCUGCGCGACGCCGUCUAGAGGCGCAACUCAACACCGAGCAUGAACGUAUUCUACUCCAGCUCAGACAGGAGGUUCUCCUUGCCAGAGAAGAAACCACGGCUUAUCGAAAUGAGCUCGAAAAUGUUAACAAACUGCUUCAAGAAUCGAAAGAUGCUACUGCUUACGCCGUGCAACUAGCUUUAACUGAGUCAAUGAAGGAACGCGAAAGCGAACGCAUUCGGUUUUGGCGAGAAGAGUUACCACGUCAGAUCGAACAGGUGCGGCGUAGUUGGAUAUGCGACGCCGAAGUAAGGACGGCACUCGAGGCCAAUCGUGUUCGCUCCUCCUGCCAGGUGGAAUUCGAGACCCGCAUGGCCGCCUGCCAAAGGGAGCACCAGGCAGAGUUGGAGCGUUUGCGUCGGCCCAAAUCAACUUGUGAUCGAGCUGUCAGCUGCACCUAUGUGACACCAACGCAUGCUUUGUCUGCGCACGGUUGCCCUUUGUUGACCACUCUCAUCCCGGACGACCUCUUUGCGCAACUGGCUUCUAUCCCUGAAGUUGCUAAUCUUUUGCCCCUCAUUGAGGGCAAUCUUGGGCCUCUUCUGCGCAACGUUACCCAGGCCUUGGUCCAACAAGUCUCCGAUGCUACUACGAAGUCCCUGCUUGAGGCGAUUAGUGAAUUUGAUGUACUUAAAGACUAUCAAAUUCAGUUAACUGAAAAGCUCUCAUUGGAGGAUCCUCACAAUUCCGUUGUUGAAGCAGUGCUGAACAUGCUUGCCAACCUAGUUAGCACCGAUCUGUCUACAGAAAUUGCGAUCAUGCGCAAACUUGCCGGUGGCUUCGCUGAAUUCAGCAAAAUUACAACUGAAUUGAGGUAUCAAAAUAAGGAAUCGUCGGCAGUUCCAGGUGGCGUCAUAAGUAAAAUUAGAGGUGAGGUGCGGACGUAUGUGGAGUCGUGUCAGGAGAGAUAUGCCAUGGCCUUGCAGACGGGUCUAGUGCGAGCGCAUCGUCGCGCGUGUAGGCAACUGUCGUUGAGUUUGCGGACUGCGCUCUCCGAGUCUGGUCUGUCCCUUCUUUCUGCUGCUCGCGGCAGUGUACAUACAUCUCCCAAGUAUUCGACAAUGGGACUAUCCGAAUCCCAACUGGAGUCCCUUCUGCACAUCAUUGACGGCGUUUGUGCUUCCGCCGAGAUGUUAUUUUCCGAGACCUCUCUCAAGGGUCUGCAAGUCUUCUCGCCUCCAUCUCAUAUCCACGCAUAUCAUAGGGAAACUCGACCCAGCGAUACUUCUCCAUCUGCGACCAAUGAUCACCUGACAGACGCUGAAGACAAGGCUAACAUGCCCCUGGCAUUAGAAAUCCGACCAAGCACGUUGACCAGGGGCAGCAAUGGCGUCCAGUCAAGUCCUAGACAAUCGUCACCCGAAGUUCCAGUACCCACUCCACGUAGUCGGCUUCCACGAUGA